AACAUGGCCACYACCUCCACCUUCUCUGGAUACAGCCUGAGUCGCAGUAGUUUUAACAWGGUGAAGAGAAUGAGGACUCAGUGGAGGUCGGGUGGCACCACUGAGAGGCGUUUCAGCUGCACCUUCUGUGGGAAGAGCUUCCAGCGUUUCAGCCAGCUCAAAGWACACCUCCGRAGUCACACCGGAGAGAAACCGUACACCUGCGAACAGUGUGGCAGGAGUUUCACCAAGCAGUGCAACCUGAUCAGACAUGCUGUGGUCCACAGCGGGGAGAAGCCCUACGAGUGCACACAGUGUGGGAAAUGCUUCACCCAGCGCUCCAGUAUGAAGUCACAUCAGAGAACUCACAUAGGAGAGAGUCCAUUAUCUCAAUAUGUUGUACCAUCAUACCCUGGGGAUCCACACACAAGUUUAAUGUUGUCUCAGACGAAAUGGAACAAAUUUGGACUGGACAAGAUGGCCAGCUGCAAUUUUCAGUCGCAGUUGGUAUCCAUUAUGGAGGUAUUAGCUAAAGCAGCUGUAGCAGAAAUUAACAAACGGGUUGAUGAUAGCUGUGCAGUUAUACGUUUGGAAAUGACCCAAAGCCAGCGAGAUAUUGAUGCACUGAAAAGGAAGUGUCAAAUGAUGGAGGGCGAGCUGAAGAAGACGCGAGUCAGGAGAAAAGUUUUUUACCCCAUGGCAUCAGCAAGAUCUUCAUAUCCAGUCAAGAUUGUUUUGAACAAGCAGAGGAAUAACUCACAGUGGAGAGAUGGAGAGGACUCUCAACCCCUGCCUACAGAUGUGGAGCAGAGAGUAGAGACUGAACCCAUACUGAUCAAAGAUGAGGAGACAGCAGAGGAUGUGUGGAAAACGGAUUCUCAGGAAGAGCUCAGGAUCACUGGAGAGGAGUCUGGUUCCAAGCCUGGGCAACCACCAUCCUUUGAGCAACGGCACUUUGAGGACUUCAUCCCACAACCCAACAUAUCUCCUGAAGACUCAGUGGAACAUUACCCCAAUUCUGAUGGUCCAGAGGAACCAGACACACCCCGGCUCACAUCUACAGACGUGUUCAGCACAGAGCAGCACGGGCCAGAUGAGGACUCACUAGAGCUAGUGAUGGUGAAGGAUGAGAAAGAGGAGGAGCUGGAUCAGACCACGGCCCUGGCAGGACCUGACCAGUUUGUCAUGGAUGAGACUGAUGGGCAGCUGUGGACCUCUGUGGAUCCAGGCAGAGACACUGACCCUGAUGGCCACCCAAUUUUCUCCUUUCAUGCGUCAGAAGAGUACUCUCAGAAUAUCUCAAUUUUCCCAUCUCACAGUGGGCUGCCAUCCCUUCCUACUAUGACAGAUGAUGUAUGGCCAUCACUUCACUCUAGAGGGAAACCACAUGCUAACAUGUUCAGUACAGCAGCACACAUGAAAAGACAUAUCAGGACAUUGGCUGAUGAGACUAGACAACAGAUGCCAGAAGGACAGAGCAGUGAGAUGCUGAACUCAAAUAAUGAUGGAAAUAGUUUAGAUCUACAGCCAAGGCAGCAUCAGUACAGGGCUUCAGAAGCAACAGUGAGAAUGAGUGAGUGCAUGACAGGUUCAAACAUGGCCACUACCUCCACCUUCUCUGGAUACAGCCUGAGUCGCAGUAGUUUUAACAUGGUGAAGAGAAUGAGGACUCGGUGGAGGUCGGGCGGCACCACUGAGAAGCGUUUCAGAGAGAAACCGCACACCUGCGAACAGUGUGGCAGGAGUUUCACCAAGCAGUGGAACCUCAUCAGACAUGCUGUGGUCCACAGCGGGGAGAAGCCAUACGAGUGCACACAGUGUGGGAAAUGCUUCACCCGGCGCUCCAGUAUGAAGUCACAUCAGAGAACUCACAUAGGAGAGAGUCCAGUGUCUCAAAAUGUUGUACCCCGAUACCCCUUGGAUCCACACACAAGUGUUAUGUUGUCUCAGACCAGGUGGAACAAAUUACGAUUGCAAUUGCGCACGCAUCUCCCACUUGAAACGUUGCCAUUUAUCAUAAUCUACGGAUUGUUUAUUGCACGUUUUACUUCACACAGAGAAUACAAAUCUGUAAUUUGGCUGGACGAGAUGGCAAACUGCAAUUUUCAGGCGCAGUUGGUAUCCAUUAUGGAGGUAUUAGCUAAAGCAGCUGUAGCAGAAAUAAACAAACGUGUUGAUGAUAGCUGUGCAGUUAUACGUUUGGAAAUUACCCAAAGCCAGCGAGAUAUUGAUGGACUGAAAAGGAAGUGUCAAAUGAUGGAGGGCGAGCUGAAGAAGACGCGAGGACGAGUCAGGAGAAAAGCUUUUUACCCCAUGGCAUCUGAGAAAUCUUCAUAUCCAGUCAAGAUUGUUUUGAACAAGCAGAGGAAUAGCUCACAGUGGAGAGAUGGAGAGAUGGCUGUUGAAGAGGACUCUCAACCCCAGCCUACAGAUGUGGAGCAGAGAGCAGAGACUGAACCCAUACUGAUCAAAGAUGAGGAGACAGCAGAGGACGUUUGGAAGACUGACCCUCAGGAAGAGCUCAUGAUCACUGGAGAGGAGUCUGGUUCCAAGCCUGGGCAACCACCAUCCUUUGAGCAACGGAACUUUGAUGAGGACUUCAUCACACAACCCAACAUAUCUCCUGAAGACUCAGUGGAACAUUACCCCAAUUCUGAUGGUCCAGAGGAACCAGGCACACCCCGGCUCACGUCUGCAGAGAAAUCAAAGGUGUUUAGCACAGAGCAGCAGCACCAGCCAGCCGAGGAUGAGGACUCACAAGAGCUAGUGAUGGUGAAGGAUGAGAAAAAGGAGGAGCUGGAUCAGACCACGGCCCUGGCAGGACCUGACCAGUUUGUCAUGGAUGAGACUGAUGCGCAGCUGUGGACCUCUGUGGAUCCAGGCAGAGACACUGACACUGUUGGCCACCCAGAUUUCUCCUUUCAUGCCACAGAGGAGUACUCUCAGAAUAUCUCAAUUUUCCCAUCUCAUAGUGGGCUGCCAUCCGUAGGGCCAUCGGUUCACUCUUCUAUAGGGAAACCACAUGCUAACAUGUUCAGUACAGCAGCACACAUGAAAAGACAUGUCAGGACAUUGGCUGAUGAGACUAGACAACAGAUGCCAGAAGGACAGAGGGGCGAGAGGCUGAACUCAAAUAAUGACGGAAAUAGUUUAGCUCUACAGCCAAGGCAGCAUCAGYACAGGGCUUCAGARKCAACAGUGAGAAUGAGUGAGUGCAUGACAGGGUCAAACAUGGCCACCACCUCCACCUUCUCUGGAUACAGCCUGAGUCGCAGUAGUUUUAACAUGGUGAAGAGAAUGAGGACUCAGUGGAGGUCGGGCGGCACCACCGGAGAGAAACCGUACACCUGCGAACAGUGUGGCAGGAGUUUCACCAAGCAGUACAACCUGAUCAGACAUGCUGUGGUCCACAGCGGGGAGAAGCCAUACGAGUGCACACAGUGUGGGAAAUGCUUCACCCAGCGCUCCAGUAUGAAGUCACAUCAGAGAACUCACAUAGGAGAGAGUCCAGUGUCUCAACAUGUGGUACCUGCAUACCCUGGGGAUCCACACACAAGUUUAAUGUUGUCUCAGGCCAGAUGGAACAAAGUGAGCUGUUCCAGUGACUGCAAGAUCUUUGUUUUGGACCUUCAGAAUAGUCAGUGUGAGAUGCUGGGGAGAUCCUCCCUGAGUGCAGUCCGCUGCUUGAUUAGUCUAACAGCGGGAGGCAGUGUGAUCUCUAACGACAAGACCAAGGAGACUAAGCAGGAGCACAUGGUGGGUGCUACGGCAACUGAUGGCACUGUGAAGCUGUGGCACCCCUUCCAGUCUGUUGGUAUCCACAUACUCAGUGCCUUCCCCAGUGGCACCUGUACUACUAUCCUGCUGGGAACCUGUGAGGAUGGAAAUAUCAUCAGUGUCCUCAUUGACCCUGAUGCUGAUAGAGAAAUGAUCAAAGUUGGCGGUGUGGGAGAUUCCAAGGGGAAAAUGUGGUUCUACCAGCCACCAAAUGUCAACUCCUGGAGCAGCAGGGAAACCUUCUUGAAGGUCAACCCACACUGCUCCAGUGAACUGUUGGGAGAUUGUAGACUUUUUGCUUCACACAGAGAAUACAAAUCUGACAAGAUGGCAAGCUGCAAUUUUCAGGCGCAGUUGGUAUCCAUUAUGGAGGUAUUAGCUAAAGCAGCUGUAGCAGAAAUAAACAAACGGGUUGAUGAUAGCUGUGCAGUUAUACGUUUGGAAAUGACCCAAAGCCAGCGAGAUAUUGAUGGACUGAAAAGGAAGUGUCAAAUGAUGGAGGGCGAGCUGAAGAAGACACGAGUCAGGAGAAAAGAGAGAUCCUCAUAUCCAGUCAAGAUUGUUUUGAAAAAGCAGAGGAGUAACUCACAGUGGAGCGACGAAGAGAUUGCUGUUGAAGAGGACUCUCAACCCCAGCCUACAGAUGUGGAGCAGAGAGCAGAGACUGAACCCAUACUGAUCAAAGAUGAGGAGACUGCAGAGGAUGUGUGGAAGACUGACCCUCAGGAAGAGCUCAGGAUCACUGGAGAGGAGUCUGGUUCCAAGGCUGGACAACCACCAUCCUUUGAGCAACGGCGCUGUGACGAGGACUUCAUCACACAACCCAACAUAUCUCCUGAAGACUCAGUGGAACAUUACCCCAAUUCUGAUGGUCCAGAGGAACCAGGCAUCCCCCGGCCUGCGUCUACAGACGUGUUCAGCACAGAGCAGCACGGGUCAGAUGAGGACUCACUAGAGCUAGUGAUGGUGAAGGAUGAGAAAAAGGAGGAGCUGGAUCACACAGCCCUGGCAGGACUUGACCAGUUUGUCAUGGAUGAGACUGAUGGGCAGCUGUGGACCUCUGUGGAUCCAGGCAGACACACUGAUGGCCACCCAGAUUUCUCAUUUCAUGCCACAGAGGAGUACUCUCAGAAUAUAUCAAUUUUCCCAUCUCAUAGUGGGCUGCCAUCUGUUCCUACUAUGACAGAUGAUGUAUGGCCAUCGCUUCCCUCUUCUAUAGGGAAACCACAUGCUGACAUGCUCAGUGCAGCAGCACACAUGAAAAGACAUGUCAGGACAUUGGCUGAUGAGACUAGACAACAGAUGCCAGAAGGACAGAGCAGUGAGAUGCUGAACUCAAAUAAUGAUGGAAAUAGUUUAGCUCUACAGCCAAGGCAGCAUCAGUACAGGGCUUCAGAAUCAACAGUGAGAAUGAGUGAGUGCAUGACAGGGUCAAACAUGGCCACCACCUCCACCUUCUCUGGAUACAGCCUGAGUCGCAGUAGUUUUAACAUGGUGAAGAGAAUGAGGACUCAGUGGAGGUCGGGUGGCACCACUGAGAGGCGUUUCAGCUGCACCUUCUGUGGGAAGAGCUUCCAGCGUUUCAGCCAGCUCAAAGUACACCUCCGGAGUCACACCGGAGAGAAACCGUACACCUGCGAACAGUGUGGCAGGAGUUUCACCAAGCAGUGCAACCUGAUCAGACAUGCUGUGGUCCACAGCGGGGAGAAGCCCUACGAGUGCACACAGUGUGGGAAAUGCUUCACCCAGCGCUCCAGUAUGAAAUCACAUCAGAGAACUCACAUAGGAGAGAGUCCAGUGUCUCAAAAUGUGGUACCCGCAUACCCUGGGGAUCCACACACAAGUUUAAUGUUGUCUCAGACGAAAUGGAACAAAUUUGGGCUGGACAACAUGGCGCAGUUGGUAUCCAUUAUGGAGGUUUUGGCUAAAGCAGCUGUAGCAGAAAUUAACAAACGGGUUGAUGAUAGCUGUGCAGUUAUACGAUUGGAAAUUACCCAAAGCCAGCGAGAUAUUGAUGUACUGAAAAGGAAGUGUCAAAUGAUGGAGAGCGAGCUGAAGAAGACACGAGGACAAUUCAGGAAAAAAGUUCUUUACCCCAUGGCAUCAGAGAGAUCUUCAUAUCCAGUCAAGAUUGUUUUGAACAAGCAGAAGAGUAAAUCACAGUGGGGAGAUGGAGAGAUGGCUGUUGAAGAGGACUCUCAACCCCAGCCUACAGAUGUGGAGCAGAGAGCGGAGACUGAACCCAUACUGAUCAAAGAUGAGGAGACAGCAGAGGAUGUGUGGAAGACUGACCCUCAGGAAGAGCUCAGGAUCACUGGAGAGGAGUCUGGUUCCAAGCCUGGGCAACCACCAUCCUUUGAGCAACGGCACUUUGAGGACUUCAUCCCACAACCCAACAUAUCUCCUGAAGACUCAGUGGAACAUUGCCCCAAUUCUGAUGGUCCAGAGGAACCAGACACACCCCGGCUCGCGUCUACAGAGGUGUGUAGCACAGAGCAGCACCAGCCAGCCGAGGAUGAGGACUCACAAGAGCUAGUGAUGGUGAAGGAUGAGAAAAAGGAGGAGCUGGAUCAGACCACAGCCCUGGCAGGACCUGACCAGUUUGUCAUGGAUGAGACUGAUGGGCAGCUGUGGACCUCUGUGGAUCCAGGCAGAGAAACUGACCCUGAUGGCCACCCAGAUUUCUCCUUUCAUGCCAUAGAGGAGUACUCUCAGAAUAUCUCAAUUUUCCCAUCUCAUAGUGGGCUUCCAUCCCUUCCUACUAUGACAGAUGAUGGAGGGCCAUCACUUCACUCUAUAGGGAAACCACAUGCUGACAUGCUCAGUGCAGCAGCACACAUGAAAAGACAUGUCAGGACAUUGGCUGAUGAGACUAGACAACAGAUGCCAGAAGGACAGAGCAGCGAGACACUGAACUCAAAUAAUGACGGAAAUAGUUUAGAUCUACAGCCAAGGCAGCAUCAGYACAGGGCUUCAGAAKCAACAGUGAGAAUGAGUGAGUGCAUGACAGGGUCAAACAUGGCCACCACCUCCACCUUCUCUGGAUACAGCCUGAGUCGCAGUAGUUUUAACAUGGUGAAGAGAAUGAGGACUCAGUGGAGGUCGGGCGGCACCACCGGAGAGAAACCGUACACCUGCGAACAGUGUGGCAGGAGUUUCCCCAAGCAGUACAACCUGAUCAGACAUGCUGUGGUCCACAGCGGGGAGAAGCCCUACAAGUGCACACAGUGUGGGAAAUGCUUCACCCAGCGCUCCAGUAUGAAGUCACAUCAGAGAACUCACAUAGGAGAGCGUCCGGUGUCUCAAUAUGGGGUAGCCGCAUACCCUGGGGAUCCACACACAAGUUUAAUGUUGUCUCAGACGAGAUGGAACAAAUAAAACAUGGCAUAGCUUGUCUAACACUUUCUGUGAAAAUGUGGUACAGCAUGUGUUUUGAGACAUUUUGACACGCUUUUCUUCCUAAUUGAUUUGUGAAAUGGUUUUCAUGUUUGACUGUUGACAGCUCCACAGUUUCAUUUGAACAACCUAUUUACAACUUAAUCAGUCAUAAAUGUUAUUUAAUCAAAUGUAUUUCUAGAAAUAGUCGAUCCUGCGCAUUUAGAUAAAGAAAACAUAUAGUAGCCAUUUAGUAUGUGUUGUCUAGUUAGUGUUUGUCUAUCUGGAACAAUUUCUUGCUACAAGGGACAGUCUCGUAUCAAGUCAGGUUAAUAACUAAACUUUAUUUCUUGCAAUAACUUUCAAAAAAUAUAAUUCAAGGUAAUAAAAUGUUUCAGUUCAACAGCGUACAUGUUACAUGUACAGUGCCUUCAGAAAGUAUUCAUACCCCUUGACUUUUUACAGCUUAAAUUUAAAAUUGAUUAAAUUAAUAUUUGUUGUCACUUGCUUUUCACAUAAUACCCCUUAAUGUCAAAGUGGAAUCUUAUAUUUAGAAAUGUAUACAAAUUAAUUAAAAAUGAAAAG